AUGUUCCCAAUUCAAUCGCAUACCGUACACCUCGUUCUGCAAUACAUAUCUCCUCCCUCUGAAUCACUGCUUCAACGACACCAUUUCCUUCAGAUCUCACCUGAUAAUCCUAUAGAAUAUCUAUGUUGGCCUGCUCCUCAAAGUGCCCGUGCCAUCGAGCUCCUCAAUAUCUUCUCAUCCCCCGGAGAUCAGCCAGGCCAAUAUCACGUUCGGUACACCUCAGAUGCAGAGCACACUUAUGCUCAUGUCCAGGUCGUCACUCAUGAGCAGGGUGUCCGCUUGCUCUUCGAGUGGGAUGAUGAAGACGGAUGGAAGUAUCAUGACAGUCAGCUGAUGCCUUUCCCAUCCACAUCACGCUCUGCGUUACACCCACCAACAACUCCGGCGGAACAGGCGCGUGAACGUUACCCCUCCGUGGCCCGUGGUUUUCUAGAUGAUGAAGAUCGCUACUGGAACGCAUACAAUGCCCCGCUCUAUGAGUCCAUUUCCGCUUUUUCCGCUUUAGCACCGCGCAAUACACUUCGGGAAGGUUUGGCUGAUAGAACAGAAGAUGCUUAUUGGGCACGAUAUUCAUCAGUACAAGGAUCUGCUGAUUCCACGGUGCCCUCACCUCUACCGAACCACCGGAAACUAGAAACUGCGCUUCCGGCGUAUUAUACACAGCAAGAAGAGGCCAUACCCAUACCAGCUGACACUAUACAUUCUUUGCCACUGCCCGACAGUAAGUUUGGGCCGCCAUCGCCUACUGCAUUGGCACAUCUCCUUAAUAUUAUCUCCCCACGCAAAGACAUACACACACCCACGUCAAAUGAACCAUCCUCAAGUAUUGCCCGUGAUACUCCGUCACCACUCUCAACUUUGGAUAAUUCGGACCUCGAGACCCCCGCAUCUGGGAAUCCGGGUCAAUAUGCCCACGUUGCUCAACCCGUGAAAGUCACGUUAAAUGACAUGUCAUAUUCUAACGGGCGCCAUGCAGGGAACGGACACGCAAACGAUGAGGAUGAGGAAUUUGCUGUGGAAGAGGACAAGGCAGUGACUGAAAGUAUAAAGGGGAUAUACUACCUGUGGAAGGCGAGGAAGUUGAACCAACCAGACGAAGGGAGCAGUGACGCAUUCCUACGCAUCGUCCGAGAGGCUCUAAAUUAGUCUGAUAGUGGUUUGGUGUUGUUGAGCUACAUGUUUAUACGCUGGUAUUAUUGACAGGAGCAUGAUAUACAUCAUUGCACUUCUAGAUCCCACCUAUAAACGUUAAAAAAUUUGAUGCAAGAAUAACAUUGU